AUGGAUGUCACAAAGCUACACAUGGACAUGCACAAGUCCAAACCCUGGCUGUAUUACCAGCUCAGCAUCCACACUCUAGGCCUUGUCCUUCGGUCUGGUGUGACAAUCACCAGCCCCGACCCCAAGGCAGACGCGAAGCUUCAAGUCACAUCCGGCGUCCACCAUGGAGGAACUAUCAAAGUCAUCGUGGCUGGCCUCCCGCGCACAGGGACAAUCAGCAUGAAGCGAGCCCUCGAAGAACUAGGCUACGGCCCAUGCUUCCACCUCGCCGAGCCCCUCUGUCAAUUCGAUAACCUUCGGCAGAGCGCUGCCAUUGUCCACACAAAAGACACGGCUCUUCGGCGGCGCAAGCUCGCCAAACUCCUCCAAGGCUGCGAGGUUACCCUCGAGGUUCCCGGGAGCGCGUGCCUCCCCGAUCUCCUGGAAAUGUACCCUGACGCAAAGGUCGUUCUGACAGAGCGUACUUCCGCGGCCGUCUGGCUGCGCUCAUGGCGCGGCUUCGGUAUCGAUCUGCGGUCUGAGUGCUUCCGCUGGGUCGGGUACUGGGUCCCUGGCGUGGUAGCGGCCAACGAUCUCUACCGCGGGUGGAUGCAGCUGUCAGCUGAGCGGUUUGGGGUCAAGGCCGAGCCGUCAGAGGAGUUGUACCAUGCGCACAGUGCGUGGGUGAAGAGCGUUGUGCCGCGGGAGAGGCUCCUGGUGUUCAAGUGUCAGGACGGGUGGAGACCUCUGUGUGAGUUUCUGGGGAGGCAGAGGCCGAAUCCCUUCCCGCAUGGCAACGAGGCAGGCUAUUUGCGGUACUAUAAGCGCGUUGCCAUGGUUUUGGGCAUUUUCCUAUGGCUGGUUGUUCUUGCCAUGUUUGUGUUGUCGUUAUUUGUGAUGUCUUUGCUCGAGUAG